AGCCUCAUCUCUUCACCUAUGGCUACUGAUCAGAAACGAGGGCUCCUGAUUGUAUUCGAAGGGCUCGAUCGGUCCGGCAAGUCGACACAAGCCAAGCGACUCGUUGAGUCCAUCAACAAAAAAUCCACAGAAUCCGGAGAUGCUUCAUCUUCCCCAUCAGCCGUUCUUCAAGCUUUUCCAGAUCGUUCCUCUUCAAUUGGAAAGCUAAUUGAUCAAUAUCUCAGAAAAGAAAUUGAUAUGGAUGAGCACGCACUUCAUUUACUCUUCUCUGCUGAUCGAUUUUCAAAGAAUCAAAUGAUCCGUGACAACAUUGCUAAAGGAAUCGAUGUGAUCUGCGAUCGGUAUUGCUAUAGCGGAGUUGCAUAUUCAUUGGCUAAAGGUCUUCCCGAGCAAUGGGUCCGCUCUUCCGACGUUGGACUUCCAAAACCCGACGCAGUUCUCUUUUUUGACGUUUCCCCGGAAGUUGCAGCUCAACGUGGUGGAUUCGGAGAGGAACGCCUCGAGACAGCAACAAUUCAACAGAAGGUUGCUGCUGUGAUGCCGACUCUUCGGGAUGAUGCCUACUGGAAAACCGUGAAUGCUGAUGGGGAUUUGGAUUCUGUUGAAAAAAAUGUUUUUCGGAUUUACGAGAAUCUCGAUAGAGAGAAACCAUUCGAGUCGCUGGAGAAAAUCUGAAAUCUGAAAAUAAACUGAAUCCCAAACCCUCUCAUAAUCUGAAAAAUCUACAAACUCUUUCACUUUUUCAAACCAUAAUUGAUCUAUUUCGCAAUAUCUUACAUUCCAUUUCAUGUAUUUGAAGAAUAAUUUAUUCAUUCAUUAAUUUAUUUAUUUUAUUAAUAUCCUUGGCACAAAAUAAAGAACAUCUUGUUU